UCUCUCUCUCUCUCUCUCUCUCUCCAUGGGAAGAGCUCCUUGCUGCGACAAAGCAAACGUGAAGAGGGGGCCAUGGUCUCCUGAGGAAGACGCAGCUCUCAGAAGCUACAUCCAGAAUCAUGGCUCAGGUGGAAACUGGAUUGCUCUUCCAAAGAAAGCUGGCUUAAAGCGAUGUGGAAAGAGCUGUCGGCUGAGAUGGCUUAAUUACCUUAGACCAGAUAUCAAACAUGGAUGCUUCACUAAGGAAGAAGACGAUAUGAUUUUCACUCUCUACAGUAAGAUAGGAAGCAGGUGGUCUGUGAUUGCUUCCAAGCUUCCUGGAAGAACAGAUAAUGAUGUGAAAAAUUACUGGAACACUAAGUUGAAGAAAAGAAUGAUGGAAGCUCAAGCAACACUUUCUGAUAAUCAUUCUGCAGCUCCAUCACAACCUGUUGUUCCAAGAGUUCAUUCAUCGGCUUUCAUCAACUGUGUAUCCAUUCGGCCAACAGAUCAGACCGAAUCUCAGAGCUUCAUUAAUGGCAGCUUGGGUGAGUCUUUGGAUCUCAGAGUUCCAAGACAGAAUCCCAACUAUUUAGAACUAGACUUUGGAUCAAUUGCUGAUCUUUUCUACAGUUCUAGUUAUGAGGAGACAAUUGGUACUAUGUGGGCUGAUGCUUCAGAAGAAAUCAAGCUAGGGGAGCCAUCUCAGAGUGUCACAUAUUUGUAUUAGAUCUGAAUGUGCUUUUACUUGUAGAUCAGAUUGACAUCCUAUUGAAUUAUACAUUAAUAUUAGAAAACAAAGAAGGGAUUCACUUCUAA